UGAACACGCAAUGUAGGGAGCAGAAAACAACACCGCGUUUAAUAUUUGAUCGAACAGCACUUUUGCGGUCAUCGAAUUUAUUUAAUAGUAGUAAAAUGACUAGUGUUGAUUAUCACCACGAGAAUCGGGGACUGGAAAGCCUCAACGGCUUAGAGCACCAAAGUACAUACGUAUACAAACCUGUCCAAAAAAAUACUUCACAGAAUGAGCGUCCAUCAAAGAGGCGUAAAGUGUCCAGCGCCCUGGCACAUGAGAAACAAAAUGAUUUGCUAUUUGCACCUCUAUUGGAAGGCAACGAGGACAUGGAAUCCGUCAAGCUGCGAUAUAGCUUAUUCCAAGAAUUCUGGGAGACCCAGGAGCAGCAAAUUCAGGGGAUACUCCGUGACGUAGAUUCGGAGAUUUUAGACCAUGUUUCUACGUUCGUAGAGCAAACCUCCCAUGACAACGGCAAUGGGCGUAUACCCGCCGGAUUGAUUACUUUGGGCUCAAAUUUUUCAUCGAUAGGACGGCUAUUAGAUCGAUUGCACCGACAAAUGCAAUCUACCGCUAUUGGGCAGGUGGUUGCGCUAGAUUCUGGAGACGCAUCCAAUCUCAAAACUGUUCUAAAGUAUAUCAUUCGAUCUGGUACAAGUGUGGUAAGGGAUGUGGAUGGGGAUCAGGAUUUACCAACUGAUCGGGCAGGCCCAAAACCUCUUGCUUAUGACCUAGAUAUUUUGCAUGACCACGUAAAGCAGAAAGGGAUUAGGAAAGUGGUAAUUGUCUUUCGAGACAGUGAAGCCUUUGACCAUGGCUUAUUGGCAGACCUAAUAUCAUUAUUCAGUUCUUGGGUUGAUCGAAUCCCCUUCGUUCUUCUCUUCGGUAUUGCAACUUCUGUCGAGCUUUUCGAGGCCAGACUUCCGAGAUCUUUGGUAAAUCUACUGCAAGGCUGCCGAUUUGACAUUCAGGACUCUGGGGAUUCCGUAAACCGAAUCUACACUACUCUCCAAAUGUGCCAGGAGGGAACUCUAUGGUUGGGUCAUAACGUGAGCAGAAUACUUUUUGAGAGGUCCAAGGACCAUUUUCAGAGUCCAGAAGGCUUCGCGAAUGGGAUUAAGUACGUGUAUAUGGCUCAUUUUUUCGCCAACCCACUAUGUACAUUGCUUUCAAAAAUUGAAUCUGCAAAUAUCCUCCAAUCAGAUUUAUGCCAGGCUAUCCGAAACUUACCCUCCUUCCGCAGACAUGUGUAUGGUUUGCUAGACGAGGGUGAAGCGGGAAAAGCCCGAACACUUUUAGAAGACGACGAGUUAUUAGCACGGUAUGCCCGAGCAAACAUUCGGAGUGGUCAGGAAAAAAUCAACGCUAUGUUACAUUCUGUUGAGACGCUAUCAACCGUACUACGUAUUUUGAAGAUCCCUAGAACACCCACGCUCUCUGAACUUACCAUUCAAGCACUGGCUGGGGAGCUCCUGGGUUCAAAAAUUGUUGAAGACAUGCUCGCGGGACUAAAAAAAUUGCCAUCCAAUACCAUCGAAACUAUUUUGGGCGCCCUCCCACAAGGAAUGGUGGAGUUUGAUGCAUCCAGGGACGUACAGGGAACGCUCCAAUCAUUAUUACAAAAUAAAAAAGGCUCCGGCCCUCUCCGCAGUGAAUACGAUGAAUAUCAUUCAACCCACAAAACAACGGUUGUUGGGCAGAGAGUCAAACUCACAAAAUCCAAAGCAAAAUUAUCCAAACAAGACAUCGAAUAUACUGCUUUUGUCAAUGAUCUGAGUGCUGCGUUCCAGGAUUACUUCUCGAUUAAUCUCAUAUCUCCACUCGACCUUUUCAUGCAUGAGGCAUUCCUCUACGACUUGAAAACACCCAUAAAGGGUGCUUUUACCCCUCGACCUCGUUCCACGAUCGAGCGAGCUUUAUCUACUCCAUUUGACUACCUGGCUACAAGCGCGCUUUCUGCGGAUGACGAGGAAAUGAUGCCUUCCAAACCAGCAAUCUCGAUUCUUUAUAAUCUCUAUUCGGAAACAGGUUCCCUGGUCAAUGUAUAUGACCUGUGGCGUGCCUAUUAUACAAUGGCGGGCGGUGAUGAUGGAGAGGAACCAGAUGAGCGACAGACGUUGGCUGUAUUCUACCGCGCUCUAUCAGAAUUGAAAAUGAUGGGAAUGGUCAAGCAUAGCAAGAAGAAGAUUGAUCAUUUGGCGAAGUCAACGUGGAUGGGUUUGUAAUAUUAUAGGUGUCUAGCGACGAUGUACACAAUGCAUCCAUAAGAAACCAUGGGUGUCAAUAGAUAACUGCUUUUCGGAACGAAAAGGAAAGAUAUAGGGGUAUCAUAGUUCUCGUCCAGUGCCAUAACAGCUCUGUCCCAUUAUUACAGCAGCACCAUAACUAAAAAAUAAUAGAGUAUUUGUACACCAAUUCUCCAAAAACGCCGGUCAACAUAAAAUCCCUUUUCGCCUUUUGUACCCGUAACAUAGCGCGAUCCUGUUUCACGAAAAUGGCCACAUAGACCAUGAGCGCCGUGGCCGCUCCUGUCUCUCAACUUCUAACUCUUCUUCACGGAGCUCCCGGUCAACUUCAUCUGCCAACUGUGCUAGCUCCGCAUCCAGCUCCUCAUCCUCCCUGUUCCGAACAGGAUGGAUAAUAUUAUCUCUCCCCAGGGGUCGUCCACCCUCGCUGAAAACCAUGGCUUCCCUCCGCCGUCGACGCAGUGCUUGCUCUUCCGCAGUGCCUUCCUGCCGUCUCCUUCCGCCAGCCCACAGUGGUAAACCUGCAGUUUCCUCCCCGCCAACCAUCCAGACAUCGCUAUCACCGUCAGUUUCAUCAUCGUCGUCUCCGUCGCCGUUAUAGUCUCCCCCAAUUUCAUCGUCAUAUAUAUUGCGAGUGUGCUCCUCCAUUCUACUUCCCAUCAGCCCAUAUUUCCGUAAUUGGCUGACUCCCUCCGGGUGGGAGGAGAGGGUGCUGAUGAUGGAGCUCAUGACGGAGUCAUCUGUAUACCAAGUUUUGGUUAAAACAACCACGUCUACUCGUUUGGAUUCAUCAUGCGUGCUGCAAGGGAACGGGUAUUUAGAAAGCCACCGACUGAUCACGCCGGCCUCCAGUGCAGCAGGGAUGUUUUCUCUGAGAAUUAUGUCGAGAGUGGUUAGAGCCUUCUUUUCGCCUUGCGGUCGGGUUCUGGGAAGGAUGGGUGAGACUGGUUUAAUGUUUUCUUCUUUGUGUUCGGCGAGAACGUUGCAGAGGCAGUCGACGAGGGCAGUGUAGGUAGGGAGGUCUUUUAGUCGGUUGGUAACGGCAGAACGGGACACUGGAGGAAAGGUGUAAAGUUAGCAGGAAUAGUAGGGAAUGUAUUGAAAAGAGCGAAAUGAAGUGAAUAAAGGGGACCAAACAAGAAAGGGAAUACUUGCAUGCUCGAUUAGAGACUAGGAAAUAGAGAGCAUUCAAAGCCUUGUUUCG